AUGGCCUCCAAUCCCCCUGCGGCUUGCUGCACCAUUGGCGUCAAGCACGAAGGUGAAGCCAAGGGUUCCCUAGAACAAUUUGGCGGUGUCGAAACAUACCUCACCUAUCCAUCCAACAAAGCCGCCUCUCGCGCCGUCCUCCUCCUCACCGACGUCAUCGGCCACCGCUUCAUCAACGCCCAACUCAUCGCAGACCAACUCGCCGCCAAUGGCUACUUCGUCGUCAUGCCCGAUCUGUUCCACGGUGAUCCCAUCCCCUUGAACCGUCCGGCCGACUUCGAUCUCAUGGCCUGGUUGAAGGGUCCACCAGGCCAUUUGCCGCCGCGCGUGGAGCCCGUCGUGCACGCCGUGCUGGGCGAAAUGAAGGCGAAGUUGGGGUGUGAGAAGAUCGGGGUCGUGGGUUAUUGUUUCGGGUCGCUGAUGGAGUCGUUUGUGUUUCUUUCGGGUGGUGCAAAACUAAUGCUCUAUGGGUAUAUGGUACAGGCUAAGUACGCAGUCCGUCUGCUCAAAGACGCCCAAGUCGAUGCUGCCUACGUUGCGCAUCCCAGUUUCGUGGAUGCGGAGGAAUUGGCCGCGAUUCAGCGUCCCCUGUCAAUUGCGGCAGCAGAAACCGACUCCAUCUUCCCCGCCGAAAAGCGGCACGAAUCCGAACAAAUCCUCGCCAAAACCGGCCAAGCAUACCAGAUCAACCUGUUCAGCGGCGUCGAGCACGGAUUCGCCGUGCGUGCGGAUAUCACCAAGCCUGUCGUGCGAUUCGCCAAGGAGGCGGCUUUUACGCAGAUGGUGGCUUGGUUCAAUCAGUAUGUGUGA